GCCUCCCUCCUCCUCCUCCUCACCCCCCGCCCCAUUUUCCCAGGGCUGCCGCGCAGUCGGCCCGGGCGAGUCCGCAGCCGGCGCAACCAAGCAGCCCGCCCUGCCCCCUUCGCCGCCCGGCAAGCGCAGGGAGGAGACGCCGACGCCGACGCUGCUGCCGCCCGAGCCGGGGGGGUCUGGCGCGGCGUCCGCAUGAGGCUGAUGCUCCUGUGCUGCACCUGGAGAGACGAGCCCAUGGGAGAGGACGAAGGAAGCGAUCUGCCGAUAUGUGCCAGCUGCAGCCACAAUAUCUACGACGGCCAGUACCUGCAGGCCCUCAACGCGGACUGGCACACUGACUGCUUCAGGUGCUGCGAAUGUGGGGCAUCCCUUUCCCACCAAUACUAUGAGAAGGAUGGGCGCCUCUACUGCAAGAAGGACUACUGGGCCCACUUUGGGGAGCUCUGCCACGGCUGCUCAGAGCAGAUCACCAAAGGGCUCGUUAUGGUUGCUGGAGAGCAAAAAUAUCACCCCGAAUGCUUCAGCUGCCUGAACUGCCGGGCGUUCAUCGGCGAUGGAGACACAUAUGCGCUGGUGGAACGGUCCAAGCUCUACUGCGGACACUGUUAUUACCAGAUGGUGGUGACACCAGUGAUGGACCAGCUGCUCCCAGAAUCUCCCGGCACCCGGAUCCCGCACACGGUCACCCUCGUCUCUAUCCCGGCCUGUUCUGAUGGCAAGAGGGGCUUCUCCGUCUCCAUCGAGGCUCCGCAUGGAGGUUCGGAGCACCCACACACUGUCCGUGUCAGAGAAUUGAACCCAGACUGCAUAAGUCCUGACAUGAAGAACUCCAUCCACGUCGGCGACCGCAUCCUGGAGAUCAAUGGCACGCCGAUCCGGCAUGUCCCACUAGACGAGAUCGACCUGCUGAUCCAGGAGACCAGCCGCCUGCUGCAGCUCACCAUUGAGCACGACCCCCACGACAUGCUUGAGAGCAGUGGCGGCAGCCCCCUCUCGGAGCUGCGAAGCCCCCUCCGCUCCCCAAGCCGCACCCCCUGCCCAGAACCGUCCGCCAUCCGCCAGCGCUCCGUCAUGAGAAGCUGCAGCAUCGACAAAUCCCCCUGCUCCAGCUCCCUGGGCUCCCCUGCCUCGCAGCGGAAGGACAUCGGGCGCUCCGAGUCGCUCCGAGUCGUCUCGCGGCUUCACCGGAUCUUCCGCCCCUCGGAUCUCAUCCACGGCGAGGUCUUGGGCAAGGGCUGCUUUGGGCAGGCAAUCAAGGUGACGCACCGGGAAACGGGAGAAGUGAUGGUCAUGAAGGAACUGAUCCGCUUUGAUGAGGAGACCCAAAGAACAUUCCUUAAGGAGGUGAAAGUGAUGCGAUGCCUGGAGCACCCCAACGUGCUGCGAUUCAUCGGGGUUCUCUACAAGGACAAGCGGCUGAACUUCAUCACGGAGUACAUCAAGGGAGGGACGCUCCGUGGGAUCAUCAAGAACAUGGAUGGUCAGUAUCCCUGGAGCCAGAGGGUCAGCUUUGCGAAAGACAUUGCUGCAGGGAUGGCUUAUCUGCACUCCAUGAACAUCAUCCACAGAGACCUGAACACACACAACUGUCUGGUGCGGGAGAACAAAAGUGUGGUAGUGGCUGAUUUUGGCCUUGCAAGGUUGAUGGUCGAUGAGAAGAACCAGCUGGCCACUCUGAAGAAGCCAGACCGCAGGAAGAGGUACACGGUGGUGGGGAAUCCCUACUGGAUGGCUCCGGAAAUGAUCAACGGCAGGAGCUAUGAUGAGAAGGUGGACGUGUUUUCCUUCGGCAUCAUCCUUUGCGAGAUCAUCGGGAGGGUCAGCGCGGACCCCGACUACCUGCCUCGGACCCUGGACUUCGGCCUGAAUGUGAGGGGCUUCUUGGACCGCUACUGCCCCCCCAACUGCCCCCCAAGCUUCUUCCCCAUUGCCGUCCGCUGCUGCGAUCUGGAUCACGAGAAACGGCCUUCCUUCAGCCGGUUGGAGCAGUGGCUGGAAGCCCUCCGGAUGCACCUGGCCAUACAGCUGCCCCUCAUCUCCCAGCUGGAGCAGCUGGAGCGGGACUUCUGGGAGACGCAGCGGCAGGCUGAGGGCGGGCUCCCCGCGCACCCCGAGGUCUCAGAAUGAGCACCGGGGGGCUGGAAGACGCCUCCCAUCCUGCUGGGCCGUCCUGCAAGCUCCCUGCAUCCGCCCCCUUCCCCCACCAUGCCCGCCGGAGCCGGUCUCUGGGUCCAAAGAGGCCACGUCUGUCUGUGGUGUCCUGCGUGGCUGGGAGCUGGUUCUC